GCGGAGGUUGUGGAGAAGGAUGAGUUGGAUGCAGAGGCUUAUGGGAUGGUAGGUGAGGACAAGAGGGACCAUCACCCUGUUAAGAUGACAGGAAGAUAGGGUGAGCACGGAUGUCUGGGAAAUGGAGGAGACACGGGUGAGGGCAGCAUCAUUGGUGGAGGAAGGGAAACCCCACAUUUUGGUGAUGUGCCAACUCUACGCAACUUCUGAGAAAGUAAAGGCUCUGUUGUGCCCCCUUUGUGAUGACGUUUAUGUGCUAGUCACAGUGCAGAUCCUGACCUCUGGGUUUUAGUCUUUGGGUUUGCUGUGAUUGUGUGGGGUGUUCUAGUUUCUCCCACAUACCAAAGAUGUGUGAGCUGAACUCUGUAAAGUACCUUCGUGUGUAGGUGAAUGAAAGUAGGGAGAAUAAGGAUUGGAGUUUGGCUUAGUGUAGACGGACGCUUGAUGGUCAGUGUGGACACAAUGGACCGGAGGGUCUGUUUCCUCACUCUGUGAAGGUGUAACUUGGACCAGUGCUGCCUAAGCCACCAGCCAGGGUUGAAGAUUAAUGGGCAGGGAUCACAACAGGAAAACUGGAUGAGGGAACAUUGGGUUGAAUCACUUGGGGGAAAAAGGAAGAUUUGAAAAGCAGCAGAAACUGGAAGAUUUUGAUGAGGAUUGUUGAGUGGUUUAUUCCGGGGAAUCUUGACAACCCCUGAGCAGGAACACUGACAUUUACCUCUACGGACAAAAGUUUUAGUCCCUAGUGCAGUCCCCCCAGACCAUCUAUUGGCCUUCUGCUCCCUGGUGUUGAAGCAGCUACCAAGUACUGAUCUGGAGUUAAAAGUUUAUGACAGACUGGGGUUUGCCGGACCAGAAACAAAGUUGAAUUAAUAGUGGGAGUGACUAAGACGGGUCGGCAAGUCGGUGGUGGGAGUUUCCGGAGCAGAUGAGAUAAAUUGUUUUCCCACGGGGAGAAAGGGAAGAAGAGAGGGAAGGCAGAUUAGGGAAAUGUUUGUGGUGGGUAGGCGAAGGGUAGUUGCAGUGAGGAUGGUCUUGCUGUGUGCCACCAGCCGAAAGCCCUUUGCUUGUGUUUACUCGCCCUGCAAUAAUAGGGUGUCGCUUUAAAGCCAGCGGUGUUUAUAGGCAGUCCGUCUCCUACUCGUGCGCCGAUCCGAAGAGAGAGACCAAGCUCUCUGCUCCCGGAAUCCUGGGAGACGUCCUUGAAAUGGGCGCAGACUGCCCCCAAAUGUGCGCGACAGAGGCUGUGAGCCAGAGGGAGGGCGGCGGAUGCAGGAUCGCAACAGGAGCAGCGUCCUGUACACUCCCCGGGAACAGCAACUCUUGGCGAAGGCAGUAACAGCAGAGGCGUUCAACAGUCAGGUGGAAAAGUGCGGCAGGAAUAACGGGAGGCUUGAGUUGGAACAUAGAACGUUACUGCUUAACUGAUUUGAUCUGUUUCCCCUGUGAUCGCAAAUCAGGCUCAGGCAAUGAGGGAUGAAGAGAUGGUGCUGGGAUUGCUGGUGAUACCCACAUCUUGCGAAUGAAUAUAUAAAACAAACACAAAAAAAGUGAAAUACUGAGAAAGACCAGUGGAUUGGAACUGAUUAGAGUGCUUUUAUAAAGAGCCCUCACAGAUGUCUGUGCAGCUGAAUUGUUUUGGACUGAAGGUGGAACAGCCAGAUACUCUGACUUCAUGUGAUCUUCGUGUGCUGAACUAUACAUUUUAGAGUUGCCCAAGGCUCAGGGGAAUACAAUGCCAGGAUUGUUAAACCAAUCGACAUGGGCACCUCUCCCUUUGAAUGCAUCCAGUAUCAGAGCCUGCACUAAUGGUCUCUCCCUCAGGAUAUCCACAAGCCUCACCUAUAUCAACCCAGAAAAUGUACCGGUAGAAGGUGUAUUUGUUUACCUGUUGGACGAGUCAGAGGUGGUGGCUGACUUUGAAGCUUUGACAGCAGGAAGGCUGGUCACCACCCAGGUAAAGAACCGGGUAAGAGCUGAAGAUUGCUGCUUUGAAUGCUACAACCGCUCCAAUCUGGCGCUUCAGUGUAGCAAAGGUCACCUGAUAUUGGAUGAAGACAUGGAUAGAACCACUUUCAUUGUUAGCACUGGGUUGAUUGGCUCUCUGGAAACCAUAACGAUAUUUCUGAGCACUACAAUGGAGCUUCAGACACAACAAGAUGGCACUGUGCAGGUGCUGUUUCCUCCUGUAUUUAUGCCUCUGGUACGCAAAAACGAGGGGAAGGUUGAGUCUACAAGAAGUAAUGGAGAACGGUUCAGUUCUACCAAUUGCUUCGGAGCAGGGGGUAUCAGAGGAGAGAAAUCCAGCAAACGCCGCAGCCUACCAGAGAUCUUAACAGGACAAGUAUUCAACCCAGUACCAUAUCAAUUCAGCUUUGAGAUGCUAGUCCGCGGCCCCUGUCUCCUGGCAGGUGUGGAGAGCCCCACACACGCACUACGGGCUGGUGCAGAUCCCAUCGCCAGGUCUGCUUCCACUCUAUACAUCACACUGGCCGAGAAACACCAAUAUGACAGGAACCUCCAAAUCAUAUUGCAUCCAUGCGAGCCCCAUGUUCCACACCUCCUGCUGGAGAACGGCAGCUUGAGUUUUGAAGAGUAUGAGCGGCACAUUAAAAAUAGACGGGAUUUCACGCGGGUGUUGAAGAAAAGCUCUAAUACUGACAAAAAGGUUGAUUUUGUGCGGAAGCGUUUUCAUAAGGACAUCCGAUUCAAUCCUGUGCUGAUGCUGAAUUUUUGCCCUGACCUCCACAGUAUUCCAACAGAUUUUGGAAACGUGACCAGGGAAAUUAUAUUCCUGAUCGACAGAAGUGGUGGCAUGAGUGGCAUUAAAAUGGGGAAAAUAAAAGAAGCCAUGAUAGUUGCUAUCAAAAGUUUACCUCCUGGAACAUUACUGAAUAUCAUUGGUUUAGGCUCAAAUGUGAGGACUCUCUUCUCUUCCAGUCGGCCAUGUAGUGAUGAGACCCUGUCCUUGGCCUGUGAGUACAUUCAGAGAAUGGGAGCUGACGUGGGCAGCACCAAUAUCCUUGCUGCUUUAUCCUGGAUUUAUAAGCAACCCGUGCUCAGUGGGUACCCUCGACAGCUCUUUCUUUUGACUGAUGCUUCAGUUUGCCAUGCUGGGAAAAUUAUAGAGCUGGUUCGAAAAUAUGCAACCUCAGCAAGAUGUUUCAGUUAUGGGCUGGGUCCAAAUGCCUGCAAGCGGUUACUACACAGAAUAGCAAAGAUCACGGGUGGAACAUUUGAAUCUCUCAGUGAAGGUGAACAACUAAAACCCAAGCUAAUUAAAUCUUUAAAGAAAGCAAUUGAGCCAGUCUUGAGUGACAUCACCAUCGAAUGGUAUCUCCCAGAUACUUUAGAAGUUCUUCUGACUCCGAUCGAAAUUGGACCUUUGUACCCUGGCGAUCAUCUCAACAGCUAUGGAGUCAUUUACGAUCUUUCUGGAUUCCAAAAGAAGAAGAACGCUGCUCAUGCUGAAUCUUCCACGUCCGUCUUGAUUGACAGAAUGACUUCUGAACGAAAUGACACUGAAGAAGCACUGAAGGAAAUUUCCCAGGAGAUUUCUACAGAGUUCUCAGGCGUAAAUGCUGAGGAAAAUGAAAAAUGUAGGGACUCAGAGUCGGAUUCAAUCAAUGAUUUGCGAAGGCGCAUGUCCCUUGCCUCAUAUAUCCAUGAGCAGUAUACCUUGACGCAUUGUUCCAUUAGCAAUCUUAAAGGAAAUAGGGAUCGAAGCAUGUCGACCUGUGGCUCAAAUAGUAGUGACUCUACAGAACCUCCAGAUAUUAGCAGGGAAAUAGCCUCCUUCCCACAUGGUUUGGAAAAUAUUGCACAUCAAGGCCAGAAAAGCUUGGUGCAUUGGGAAUCAUCAAACAAAUCGUUGUCUAACUUCGAACCCCUCAGUAGCAAAGGCUUCCUUGGAAUUGACUCUGCUUCAGAUGAGACAAGCAGAAAGAGAAAACUGAUGGCGCAAGCAGCCCUUUCUGGCCGGAGUUUUUCGUCACCAAAUGGCCAAUUGGAUAUGCAUUACCUGCGCAAGGCAUUAGAGAAGGUCUCCACAGCAAAGUCUCACAACUGGUCCAUUGGAGGAAGAAUGAACGACAUCGAUCACGUAUCACAACAAUUUCAGGCUGACAGUAGUUCAAGGAAGAGCAUCAAUGAUUCCAAUACUCUUCUGUUUCAGGCGGGGACUCCAGAGUGGGACACAUUCUUCGAUCCUGAGAAUCUCUUCUUGCCGGUGACCUCGGAUGAGUCGGGCUCGACAGAAGUGAACGGCACACACACAAUGCAAUGCAAGUCAGUGAUUCAUGGUUUAAUCGGGGGGAAGUCAGUCACAUGGGAGGCAACGGCCAACCUCUCCUCCCUCUACCAUGCUUCGGUUGAACAGGAGGCACCGUGCACCCCUGAAAACCCCUGGGCAGGGAUCCUGCAUCAGUUGACUGUGCAUUCAGUCAUCAGAGACUUUGAGAACAUGGCAGAGAAAACAAGUGAUGUUGAAUAUGGUCCUUCUGGAAAAUAUUGUCUGAAAGCUAUUCAGACCAGCAGAGCAAGUAACAGCAUGUCCAUCUACACAACUGUUGUGCCAGUGAACGCUGCCACUCAGGAAUCAUUAUCCUCCUACGUGAAAGUUCGAAACACAGGAGCCAGAGUAAACCAAGCACGAGGCUCAUAUUCAGGGAGCAAGAGGCAGAGAAGUUAUUCUGCCAGCCUGGUCCGGACGCCCCCAAGCCAUGAUUCUGUGGAACUGGAUGAUACAUUGGGUUCUACAGGAGUGGACGAAAUUCCAACGACACCAACCAGUGUGGGAUCUUCAUCAUCCUCUGGGUGGGAAAGGCAGAGUGUCCCAGAUGGCAAUGGGCAGAGUCUGUCAAUAGCCUCAGUACGGACACAGAAAUCAUAUGAAAAUUUCUUUGCAUCCAGGUUUAAUCUGGGAAGGCACAGAAGUCUUAGUCAGACUGGAAAAUACACACCAGUAACACCUACCUGCCUAUCUGCCAAACUGGACACAUCUCCUGAAGAAGAGAUUAACGAUUAUAUGCCACUGGUACGGUUACAACUGGCAUGUGGAGCAUUUCUUCUGAAUGAAGCCUUCUCUGAUGCAGUCCAGAUUCCGUUAGAUCGACUGAGAAGGGCCUCACCCUUCUCAUGUCAUCGAGCAAGUCUCUGUCCAUCCUCACGCUGCAUAAUGACCUGCAAACCUGAAAACCUUCUCCAAGAGAAGCUCUCCAUGCAUAAACAGCACACGGCUGAACCUUGUGCUAACAGGAGUGACCAGUGUGGGCUCAAAAGCGAUCAGGGAAAUACUGAAGAAAUCAUAAAAGUUUCAAGUAAGAUUACACGGUCACAUCUUGAGGGUGUUUUGGAUCAUGGCAGUUCUCCAGCAAGAAGAAGCAAUUUAUUUAGUGCCAGUAUUGAUGGUCACAGCACCAAUGUUCAGUUGGUAGACAGUGGCAGGGGUUCUGAAACUGAAAGUUCACCAGUUGCCUCUGAAAGCAGUGGAGCCUCGUACAGGUUGAUAAGUGAACUGAACACUCAGUAUGAUGAUUUGGAGGGUAUGAGCUGGGCUACUGCAGUUGGACUGGGCUGGCUUGAACAUCACUGUGCUGGUUACUUUCCAGAAUGGGAGCUUAUCGCUGCCAAGGCAGACACGUGGCUAUGUUCUCAACAGUUUCCUGAACAGGUGAAUAUCAAUGCACUGAAGGCUGCAACUAGGCAGCUGUUCCUGUUGCUACGUCAUUGGAAUGAGAACAUCAAGCUCAAUAUGUUGUGUUAUAAUCCAAAUAAUAUGUAAAUACAGAUGUUUAAUGAAUUUAAUAUAUACUUAAGAAUUUUAACUUGAGGCAAUAAAUUGUAAUGCCUGAUUUAAAAAAAAACUGAGUGCAUCAGAUACGAGGCAGCUAUUUUGCCAUUUAAGUGACCAUUAUGACAGCAGGAUUCUAUUCAUUAGAAAUGUACGGUGCAGACUGCAAACAUUUAUCUUCUUUCUAUGACAUGCCUACAGAGGAAAUUCAAAUAUUUAAAUGCAUAAGAAUUGAUCAGGAUUUAUAGAAUAAUCUUGAAAUAAAUGGCAAUA